AUGGACGAUUCCAACGAACACAAAGGAAACUCCUCAUCCUCGACUCUUAAAGAGAUGCUCAAAUCUUCUCUAUGUUUAUCUUGUUGCCUUCGUAAGCACCGGAAUGGCCAUCAUCAUCUUCAUCACCAUCAUCACCACCACCACCACGGCCACCACCGGCGGAUGUCGAUUUCGUCCGACGGCGAUUCGCCUGGACCGCUCACGAGAUGUUCUUCUGCAAAGGAUAAAUCCAGAUCUCGUGAGUGUCAUGAUAUUAAAGAUCGACUUCCGAAUUUCAUUUCUCGACUCGGUCGCCAUGGACGUCGUCACUCUGCUUCCGCUGAUUUCCGUUACGAUGCACUUAGUUAUUCGCUUAAUUUCGAUGAAGGAUAUGAUGAAGGUCAUGUUGAUGAUGAGUUUCCUCUCAGGAAUUUCUCCUCUAGGUUACCGGCUUCUCCUCCGAAAUCCUCACCGUCUUCGUCUACUGCGUCGAGAGAGAUGAUUACGGCGUUUAGUUAA